AGAGAGUGAGAGACAAACAAGGGAAGCCAAAGAAGAAAAGACUCGGAGCUCCCUCUGCCCCCUCAGAUCUCUCCAGGGAACGAGAGAGUAGGGCAGAAAAUACAGGGACGGAGGAAGAGGAGACUGUUGAAUGUAGUUGAGCAUCGCAUGCAGAGCAGCCAAUGAGAGACUGUGAUGGGACCAAAGCUGACACCCAGAGCAAAGCGGACCACAGAUUUCUGACAUGGUGUCGACCCAGAUUGAUGGAAGGAAAAUGAGGGGAGAGAGGACAGACGUAGACAGACUUGUGUCGCUGCUUCAGAAAACACAGAUGGUAAACCGAGGACGUUCUUCCUCUGAUGUGUCCACCAGAUAUUUUGUAAGGUGUUGUGCUGUAAAUAAGGUGUGUGGACUCAGUGUACAGCACUAAUCUUAGAGACGGGGGAGGAGAGCGAUUCUCCACAUACAUACAGUACAAACCCCCUCUGCCAAUCAGAGAGAGAGAGAGCAGCAGAGCGAGUGAAGAAACAGGGGAAACGGCUCCAGCAGUUAUCUUAGGUGGACAGAGAGAAAGAAUUACACUCGAACACGCCACACGGUACAAGACGCUUCAGCCAGCGGAGGCGGAUAACUGGCCAGACGCCUCCUAUCUGCAGCUCCAGACCAAGAAGAUUCCUCACUAAUUCUCUCCCGGCUUCAUCCCAAGCUUGAAGAGGAGGAAUAAGGGAAGAAGAAGGAAGAGGAAAGUGCUUUGUGACUUCCCUGAGAGUGAGGGCAAACGCCGUCAAUAGAAAGACUGAGAGAGAGAGCAGGGGAAAUCUCCCCCUCGCCCUCUCUCGACCCGGAUCACCGUCAGGCUGGCUGGCACAGCCAUGGCCUUCACCUUUGCGGCCUUUUGCUACAUGUUAACACUCGUGUUGUGCGCCGCCCUCAUCUUCUUCGUCAUCUGGCAGAUUAUUGCGUUUGAUGAGCUGCGCACAGACUUCAAAAACCCCAUCGAUCAGAGCAACCCCACCAGAGCGAGGGAAAGAAUAUUGAACAUUGAGAGAAUCUGCAACCUCCUCCGAAGGCUGGUUGUUCCAGAAUAUUCCAUCCACGGGCUGUUCUGCCUGAUGUUCAUGUGUGCGGGGGAGUGGGUGACUCUGGGCCUUAACAUCCCGCUGCUCCUCUAUCACCUCUGGAGGUUUUUCCACCGUCCCGCAGAUGGCUCUGAGGUUAUGUACGAUCCAGUGAGUGUGAUGAAUGCAGACAUCCUGAAUUACUGCCAAAAAGAGUCCUGGUGCAAGCUUGGCUUCUACCUUCUGUCCUUUUUCUACUAUCUGUACAGUAUGGUGUACGCUUUGGUCAGCUUCUAAGUGAUCAAAUGAAGGACGGAGGAGGACUCUAAAAAGAGAAGAAGAGAAACGACAGAACAAAUACCGAACUAUGUUGCGCUCUCCUCUCCUCAUUUCCACAGACCUUGUUCAGCUCCUCCUCAGAUCUCCUGGGUGGGGAUGGACGAUGGACAGAUGUAGAAAACGGAGCCAUCAAAUGUAAAGCUGCCUCAAUCACUGCCAUUAAAAAAACACAAAAACAAGAGGACAGGUGGAACCAAAUGAAAACGAGUGCAAUAGAGAGCGAGAAGGAGGGGAAAUGGUGAACAAAAGGCUCAGGCAGUGUGGAUGUUUUGUAACACCGUUUCAUUUCUCAAGGGCUGCUGAACAUUUCCGCUGCUCAUAGCAACAAAACGCUUCUUAACGCCGACGAAGAGACACACAACCAGACCAAUACCGAAUGUGUUUCCUUGAAUUUAAAGUCAACAGAUCUUGGACUUUACGUUGCAGUGUCCUUUCUUUUGCAGAUAACAACCACUUCUUUUGUAUGUGUGUGCGUGUGUGCGUCAGAGUAUUUAAUAACUGCUAAGUAUUUGCUAUUUCAGUAUUCGUGGUAGAUAUACCUAUACAAUUACCCUGUAUGUAGAGGUAUAAUAUAAUAAUAGAUUAAAUAUACGGCUCAGUUGUUGCAGUUCAGUCAGGGUAGUUCUCUUAGUGUCCUUAAAACAAACAAACAAACAAAAAAAUGCACAAGAACUCUAUUUUUACGUCCAAUCAGAUGGCGAAGUUUACAGACGCUUCAAAAGCAAAUCAACCAAUGAGAUAAAAAUACAAGCCGGAGAAACUGUUUGAGGAGCAUUGCAUCUGAGGAUUGACCCCUAGAUGUUCAUCCGUCACGAGGACCAAGCAGACUCUUAAUUGAGACGGGCGUGCGGGACGGCCCGUGCACAAGAGAUCUGACCCCGAGCUCUCAAAUACUCGAUAGACUGUGACCAAUCAUAAAAGCACUUUUCGGAAAGCCAACAGAUGAACUGUAGCAAAUCGACAGAGGACGAAAAGCGAAGACGUUCACAGAUGAUGCUUUUGACAACAGACUAUCAAACACAAACUCUUCAGGCAAUCGUCUGUGUUGUUAGAUUAUAUACAACAUUAAUUGUUGUGUGUAUAUCAAAUAGGGCCUCUCGAAACACCUCAUUUGGAGUUCCCGUUGUUGUGCUGUGUCCAUGGGUCUGCUAAACCAGUAGAUUUAACAAUUAUUUAACUAAAGCUGUGGCUUCGUAGAUGAAUAGAGUGGCCAAUGCAUCACUCAUGAACUAGAACGCCUUCAUUAUGACAUUUAUACACACGCACAAAUUGAAUAACGAGUGCUUUUUUAGCAACGCCGCCAUAUCUGAUUUAAACUCCUGGGUCUUGUUUUUAAUUUCUCCAUCUUGGCUUUGACUUGAUGUACCCUCAAAAAUGUGAAUAUUUCUAUUCUGGACAAUCGCUAUUAGUGGGCCGAGAGACAGCCGAGUAGGGUCUUCAUUAUAGACGUCAUCUCUGAAUGUCUUUUUGUGAUUAAUAUUAGUUCACAUGCAGUAUCCGCAUUUAAGAAUAUCUGCAUGAUUUUUGUCUUUUAUACAAGAUUCAUUAACGUACGCUACAGCACCUUUGGUAACUUUGAGUUCUGUGUUCAGUUGAACACGGCCGGAUAUCUUAUAUACUCCGAAAGCAAUUCCACAUGUUGUAAUAAAACAAUGUUGCUGACUACAAAAAAAA